UCCGCUUCCACGUCGCCCGUUCGUUCGGUCGUCCGUCCGCCCGUCCGUGUCUGUCCGCGUCUUCGGCGUGAUCACCGUACUCGCACGGCGUCCUUCUGAAUCCCCGGAGACCCCGUCCGAUUGUCUCGCACGAACCCGAUUCGUUCCGGUUCACCUCGUCGAUUUAUUUUCUCUCAUUUCCAUUUUCAACCCUGUCGAACAACUCUUUUGCGUCUCUGUGCCCCGACCGUGAAACUCGAGCGUGAUCAAUUCGCGAGUGCCUCUCCCCUUCUCAGUCCCCUAGCACUCACCAUCGUUUAGCGAUUCCUUCUAUUCAAAAAAAAAAAAAUAAAAUUAAUUAAUUAAUUGGCCUCGAUCAGCUUCACUGUCAUAUACGGUACGACUCAUCCGACAGUGACGAGUGGAACUCUGGUCGUCGUCCAUCUCCGUCGCGCCGGGACAGUGGCUGCUGCGGCAGCCAGAAUCGUCUACGGGUGUCGAUCUAUUACGAUUACUUGCUAGCAGUUCGGCCAAUUCGUCACACACGUGAAUUUACGGCAGUGAACGGGAACGAGACAUUCUCUCUCGCAUGAGGGAGGAAGUAGUCGCGCUGCAGUGAUAGUCACCACCGGUCGGUCGACCACCACCACCACCACUACCACUACCACCACCACCGCCGACGCCUCAGCUUCAUCAGUGCCGUCAUGACAAGGACGACGACCACCACCACCGCAAUGACAGCGAUCGCGGUAUGGUGCGUAACCGUCGUGCUGGGCGCCGCCGGUGGUCUGGUGUUGGACGGCACUUACGGCCAGUUCCGGAAGUGGAACGCGGGCGUCAACGGUACGCUAGAGAUGGAGUUCAAGACGAGGUCGCCCAACGGGCUGCUCAUGUACACCGACGACGGUGGCACAUACGACUUUUUCGAGUUGAAAAUGGUGGAGGGCACCAUGCGGCUGCGGUACAACCUAGGCGCCGGUGCUCAGAUACUGAUGGCCGGCCACGACCUGUACGACGGACGGUGGCACCGGGUGGCCGUCGAGCGCCGUGGCCGCGUCACCGCUCUGACCGUGGACAAUACGACCAGCGCCGCCGGGUCCGCUGGCAAAGAGCUGCAGUUCGGCCGGCUGGCGUCCAACUCAGCCGUGUACGUGGGCGGCAUGCCAGGCUGGUACAACGGCCGACUCACCCGGCUCGCCCUGCCAAGCGUCAUUUUCGAGCCCCGUUUCAGCGGCGCCGUCCGCAACAUUGUCUACACCGACGAAUUUUACCCGUACCCGAGGCGGCAGACAGCCGUCAGCGAUACAGCCAGACAGCCAAAGUGUACCGGUGCACGAUGUCGUCGUAUGCUGAAUAGAGAUAAGAAAUCAAAGGCUAAUAGUGGAGGAAUUAACGGGAAUCGCCGUGGUGGAGGUAAUUCGGAUGCCUGCGAAAAACACGACCCCUGUCAACAUGGUGGGAUUUGCAUAUCUACAGACGAUGGCCCAAAAUGUCAAUGUCGUGAUAAAAAUUUUGAAGGAGCCUACUGCGAGAUAGAUAAAGUGAUAGCAGAAGCUUCAUUUACUGGAGGAGAAUUUUUGAAAUACGCAUUCGAUGGCAACACUGAAGGAGAUUCAUUCAUAUUGCAUUUCAAAACUAAAAAACCAGCUGGACUACUUUAUCACAUGGGAGACGGCUCAAGUAACUACUUAAACGUAGGUAUCGUCACUGGUGGUAUUACAGUGACGAUGAGAGUAGGUACAGGCUCAUUGGAUAUGUUUAUCAAGCCAAACAGAAUACGGUUCGAUGAUAAUCAAUGGCAUAAGAUAUCAGUCACCCGCAAAGUCCAAGGGAUAUCUGCAGUUACCAGUUUUUGUAAGCUGGCCGUGACAGUAGACGAAGUAUAUGGCGAACAAGGGAGUUCUGCGGGCGCAUUUACGUCCUUGACCCUAGGAUACUUAUACCUAGGUGGCAGUGAGAAUACCGUUGCGUUGCCGGGCACAAAAGCGAGCACAAACUUUGUGGGAUGCAUUCGAAAGGUGGAGUAUACUUCCGAUGGCGUAAAUAAAUACGAUUUCUUAGAAAUGGGAAAAACUGGCAUUUCAACUAUACAAGUAUAUGGUCGAUUGCAAUUUUCGUGCCAAGACUUUGGAAUGGAUGAUCCUGUGUGCCUAUCUACUCCCCGAUCAUUCCUCAUGUUGCCUAAUUGGGACGGUACAACCAGUGGUUCGAUUUCAGUAAAGUUUAAGACCAAUGAGCCAGAUGGUCUAUUAUUUUUCAGCAGAGGUCAAACUGAACAUACCUCUGGUAUUUAUGCGGUUGAAAUGGUUGACGGACGACUUUACGUGUAUUUGGACUUGGGCGCUGGCGGCACUCGUGCUGAAGUGAGUUCAGAAAAGACUAAAAUAAACGACGGUCAAUGGCACGAAUUUUCGAUAUGGCGCAAUGACAGAGAUAUACACUGCACCGUAGACGAUUACUCUUCAGAUUUUACAACAAACGGUGAUUCUAAUCAGUUACACCUACAGAACGGCAUCAUGUUGGGAUUUGGUGGUCGGGCAGUGUACCACAAAAAAAUACCGUCUGGAGUAUGGACACUAUCAUUAGAAACGGGAUUUGUAGGGUGCGUGCGUGACCUCGUCUUGGAUGGUGUAGCAAUCAAUUUAGUCAGCUUGUCUCUAGAACAGGAUCACGUGUCCGUAACACCGCAUUGUCCAGAAUCUACUAAUAGUUGCAAAUCUGAUACUUGUUACAACGGAGGAAUUUGUCACGAAGGUUGGAACCGCGUGAUAUGUGACUGUUCAAAUACUGAGUACGCUGGUGCCACUUGCAUGAAAGAAUCAUCCAUGUACAGUUUUAACGGAACACAGUACGUACAAGCAAUUAUGCCAGAAAAGAUGACAACUCAAGUUGAAGAUAUGUAUUUUCGAUUCAAAACAAACAGACCAUUGGCCGUGCUAAUGAAGACUUUCGAUAGUUCAUGGGAUAGACUAGAAAUCGCAUUGAUAGUUGGAAAAAUUAGAUUAGCCUUAAAAAUUGGUGACAAAGAAAAGGUGGUUUUAUGUGGAUCUCAUCUAGACGAUAAUAAUUGGCAUUCGGUGCACUAUAUUAGAAGGGCACAUGAAAUUCGUUUGAAAGUGGAUAAUGUCACUGUAAAAAACGAUUCUGAUAUGGAAGAUAAGAUAACACUUAAGUGGCAAGGUCUAUUAGUUGGUGGUACACCUCCUAAGGAUCCAGAUGCUUUAGCAAACCUCCCCAGCUUUAUCGGUAGCAUGCAACAAUUUAUACUAAACAAAAUUAAUUAUUUUGAUCUUGCGAAAAUUUCAACCAGAGGCUUUUCAGAAGACUUGCCCAAAGUACAUAUGACCUCCAAAUAUCAAAAACAAGAAAAACCCCCUUCGUUGGUGCACACGGUUACGUUCCUAUCAAAGAAUACAUUCAUAGGGUUGCCGCCAUUAAAGGCCUACUCCAGAAUGGAAGUAUAUUAUAGAUUUAAGACUAAACACACGUCCGGAUUAUUUUUCUACAACGGUGGAAAACACAACGAUUUUGCUCUUGCCGAACUGAUCAAUGGCCACAUACUUAUCAACAUUCGUUCAGGUACACAUGUGAUUCGUCUUCGGGACACUUCGAAGAAUAGUUACAGUGACAACUACUGGCAUUCAGUGCACUUGUUACAAAUAUCAGCCACUAUGUUUUGUCUACUUAUUGACGAUCAGAUAGCAUCAACCACGACCAUUUCUAGACCCCACAAUAUCCAAUUAAACGGGAUGUUUUAUGUUGGUGGCGUACCUAAAGAAUUGCAUAAACGUCAAUCAAAGCAUAUACACUCGAGACAUGGAUUUGAAGGGUGCAUGUCCGGUCUGGAAUACAAUGGCGAAUCUCCAGACAUGGUAGAAAAUGCCACCAUACCUAGCACACUCAUCACAGUAGGUUGUGACGGACUCAGCAAAAUGUGCACGCAAGAUAUGUGUGACAACCAUGGAACGUGUGUGGAACAGUGGAACUCGUAUUCGUGCGAUUGUGACAUGACUGCGUUUGUUGGACCGACAUGUUCUGAACCUUCUAUUUCCUACGAUUUUGGCCCUGAUGGGGGUCUUGUAACAUAUGCGUUCCCCGAUGGACGUCAACCAGAUAUGCAAAACGACCUAUUGGCUUUAGGCUUCAUUACAUCCAAGUCUAGCGGUGUACUGUUCCGUGUAGAAAGUGGCACUUCUGGUGAUUAUCUACAGCUUGAAAUGGUGAAUGGACAUAUAGUAGUCAUUUACAACGUUGGGACUAAUGACCAUCCCAUCGGUGAAGCAAAUAUCUUAGUGAAUGACAAUUCCUAUCAUUUGGUCAGAUUUGUAAGGUCAGGGCCAAAUUCGACGUUGCAAGUGGAUGAUAAUAGUAUGCAAACUCUCUAUCCUUCAGGGCAUCAACUCAGCGUUUUCAAUAGACAGUCAACAAUUCAAGUUGGUGGUAGGUGGAAUAAAACUAAACAACGUAUUGAAGACGCGUUCGAAGGAGUUAUGGUUGGAUUGGUCUUCAAUGGCCUCAGAGUAUUUGACUUGACAGCCAACAGAGAUCCAAGAACAACUAGCAAAGGAGACGCGCAACAGUUGUCAUCGAUUUUAGACAGGUUGAACGAACACUCUCUGUUGGAUACCAUGCAACAGACACCAGCGUCGGGUGUAAUGGACGACUUAGUGUACUCUGGAGCAGGAUCUGGUUGUAAUCACGACGAUGAAGAUCAGUGUACUGUAACAUUUGAUGUUGGGUCUGGGGAUGACUUGAUUACACCUGUGUACGUACCUCCAACAGUUGUACCGCCUCCAUCAUUAGUAACUGAUGUCCCCGGUGCGUGUGAUGACGAAGAAACUGACUGUAUUACAGGUUCAGGAUUUGGCCCUACUUCUUCUACUGAUGAUUCAGCCACUACUAUUAAAAGUUCACAUGCGGUAGUGACGACAUUCAAUGGCGUUACCAACUGGACGACGACUCCCGUUAACCGAACCGCAGGGGUGGAACAACAAUCGUCGAACAAGACUAAUGGGGCAGCGACAGUGAGUACCGUAGUACCGGCAACUAACCAAACAGAACCAUACUGGUCGUCGGCCGUCACGACCACCGCGACGAAAACAGCCACGCACUCAAGAGCGCCCGGUACCGCCGUGACCGUGACCGCGACCGCGGCGACGAACACGUCGAGCAGUUCGACCGGGGUGUCGUCAUCUGGAGGAAACGACAAGUCGACCAGCACAGGCACUGGAACCGUGGUCAUCUCCUCCACGAGUACCACCAGCACCACGACGCACUCCACGUUCUUUGACACCGUCGACAAGGAGACGAACGUGAAAUCGGGCGGCGGCGGCGGUUACGAAUACGGCGGCGGUAACCGCUACGGCGGUGGUUACGACGAACGCGACGGCGAGACGAUGAUGACCACACCAAACGUGGUAUUCGGUGGUGAUCAUUUCCCGCCGGCGGCCAAACCGACGCCGCCCAAGCACGCCGAACCGCCGAUCAACACUAAGGCGGCCGAGAGCACGGCGUUCGUAGUGCUCGUCACAGCCGCCACGCUCAUCAUCAUAGUGCUCAUCAUACUGCUCGUGCUCAAGGUCAAGUACAGAACCGACACGAACAGAUAUAAGAUCGAAAUGCCCAAAGCUUACGGUGCGCCCAUCGACCAAGGCUCGGACAGGGGUGGCUUGUGCCAUCAGCAGCAGCAGCAACAGCACCUUCAUCACCAGCAGCAGGCCAACUUGCUGUCGCCGGGCAACUAUCCUUCGUCGGCGCAAUCGUCGCCCACUUACGCACACAACAACUUCAGACCGCACAGCGGCGGCGGUGGUGUCGGCGGCAUGGUCGGAGUGAGCAACAAGCCCAAGAAGAGACAGGACGUCAAGGAGUGGUAUGUGUGAGGGGGUCAGGCGUACACGUGCCGUACGCUCACCGCCGUUCCCAUACGGCACUGCUCGGAAAACAAUAACGAUAAUACACCCAAAUAUUAUUAUACCUACGACCUAUUAUUGUGUAUAUAAGCGUGUACGAUAACGUUAUCAUGUUUUAGGUACUUAAUUAUUAUAAUCAUUAUUAUUCUGUAAUAUUGUAAAUGUAUAUAAUAGUGUGCAUUGUAGGUACUGCGUUUAAUAUUUUAUAACAUAGGUAGCCGAUGUAUAUAUAUAUAUAUAUAUUGUAUUUCGCAAGUCAUGACGUACCUGCGGAAACGGGCCGUGUUUACAUGUCGGUAACAAUGGUAACCGCACGUGGUAUGCACUGCUUGCAAUCGUAACAAUAUUAAGUAUUGGGUAUAUACCGUACGCGUCAUACGCGGUAAAUACCGCGAACGUUGAAACCAGCCUGCUACAAUGCAGCUGGGUGAGAUCCGCCUGUGAUAACAUUUUGUAAUGUCGUUUAAACGAUUACUUACAAGAAAAUAUUGUUUACGGAGCGUCAUAUUAUAUUAAUAUUUAACUGUUAUA